AUGUUCUCGGCCAAGCACCUCAACGCCUUCUAUCACGCUAUAGUAUGCACUACAGCUGCUCGUUCGAUUCACUAUCUAGGCUGCUACCUCGAUUUCCCCGGCUUAAUGAACCUAGGCCCCUAUAUCUACCAGUCUGUCGGUCACUGUUCAAUGAGCUGUACACAGCGCGGCAGCUCGGUUAUGGGUCUCAGAAAUGAUCCACGGGCUUGCCAUCUGCCUUGUAGUGGAUAUCCUUUCGAUACGUGUGGAGGCCACGAUGGUCUCAGCUACUAUGAGAUCGAGCAUGCCACAGAGACAGCAGCUGACUACGCUCCGACUCCGACUCUGCGGCCGACAUUAGCAAUUGAAGCUCCGAUACAGAUUUGUUAG